AUGCCAUACACUGCCAAUAGCGACAAUUCCAGUAUGGAUUCUGAUUCUAGUACCGAAACUGAAUCUAUAUCCAGUCCAAGUAGCAGUAAUUCGUUAUCGGGUUUUGAAUCAGAUGCCUCUUCGGAAAGGGAUACAUCCUGCAGUGAUACUAGUAGUAGCAGCAGUGCCCAUAGCUCAGAUGAAGAGAACACAAGGGGAAGUUCUGCAUUUUUGGAGGCAACAAAUGGCAGUGGCUAUGAAACAAAUGAAAAACUGGAAUUGCCUUUACUUAAUCGCCGGAAGCAACGGGCCCGUUUAACACAUAAAAUGAAAAGAGACAAUGGCGAGGAGGAGGAGGGCGACGAGAAGGCGGAGGAAGAUAAUGACCUGGAGUGUUCACUGUGUAUGCAAAAUUGUGAGAUGUCAGGUGAACAUCGUUUGUGUUCGCUGAAAUGUGGACACUUCUUUGGUGAAUCAUGUAUACGCAUACGGCUAAAAGAGGCGGCAUGUCCUGAAUGUAAGACCAAGGCUCGCCAAAGACACAUACGUUAUCUGUAUGCCAAACGUCUAAAGGUCAUCGAUCGUAGCGAUGAGGAACGGAUACGUGAACAAUUGAAACAGGAAAGGAUUCGAACACAAAUUUUAGAAUUUGAAUUGGAUUCUAUGAAAGUGUUCUAUGCAGACUUGAUGCAAACAAUGCAUAAAUUAGAGACUGAUAAUGCAGCAAUAAAACAAAGUGUGACCCAUAAGGAUAGUGGGGAAAAUAUUUACAACAUAAAUGAGACCUCUGCCACUAACGAUAACAGUUAUGGCUUAGUUUUAGAUAGAAAAAUUGCCAUAUCACGUAAACCCUGUUGUCGGGUCAUGAAGUAUGCUGAUAAACAAACCAAAUUAAUUGUAUCCCAAAAAGGUUUCUUUCCUGGCUAUGGCCUCCGGCUUAUGAAUGCCCCCAGUUUUGAAUCGUCCAAUUAUUUGUAUACCUCCCAGAAAAUGGUAUGCGAUUUAUCGUUGUCCGAAGAGCAAAAUUUAAUUGCUGUUGCCAGCAAGGAACGUUCCGCGAAGCUGUUCGAUUUACGUAAUUACCAGGCUGUGACCGUAUUUAAACCUGGAAAAAUGACGAUUUUAUCAUGUGCCAUCUCAUCUUGUCAUGGUAAUGAAAAUGAACUAUUUUUGGGUUCCCAUCAGGGCUGUAUUUAUGUCUAUGAUAUACGAAAUCCGGGCAAUUAUCGUCAGGAACAUAAACUCAGUGGAGAUACCUCACCUGUUAUACAAAUCGAAAUUGUAAAGGAAAGCCGUCAGUUUCCCAGUGGAGGAUUUUUAAUUUGUCAAAAAUCUUCGUUAUGGUUCUAUGAAAUUCAACAUACCCAUGCAAGUGGUGUCCAGGCCACAUGUUUAAUGUCGCAAGAAAAUAUAAUAACGAUAGAUUAUAAUAAAGAAACACAACAAAUUCUCCUACAAUUGGGUUCGUCACUCAAUCAACCGCAUAUGCGUCAUAUUAUGGGAAAUUUGCUAAGACAUGGCGAUAAUCCGCCUUCACUGCAAAUAGUAUAUGUUUUUUAUGCCAAAACAUCGAGUUCCAUUAUGUCUAGAUCUACACAAAUUAAUUUCAAUAACAAUACCAUUGUGGCUGCAUAUAUCCAAGACCAAAAACUACUAUCUCUAUUCGAUACUACGUCGAAUUCGUCAAAUCAAUUGACAAUACAAUCAUAUCCUGUGACCAAAGUAAUCUAUGAUCUCUGCCCGAUUUAUGUAAAUGAAGAUUUUACAUAUUUGGCGGCAUUAAAUAAAUCGAAAUGUUUUAUAUAUAAAUUAAAUAAGACGGGAAGUGUUCAAUAA